AUGUCUCCAUCAGCUUCAAAACAAAAGAUCAACCUUGUUCGGAUCGCUCAUGUCUACUACACUCAUAAGAAUCUUGAAGCAGCCAAUCAAUUCCUCCUCGACUUUGGUUUAAGUCCCUGCCAAAAGACGGAAAACAAGAUAUACUACCGCGGCUAUGGAACCGAACCAUUCGUAGUAUGCGCAUCCAAAGGAACGGAAGACAAGUUUGGAGGAGCCGCUUUCGUAGUUGAAUCAAUGGAAGACCUCGAAUUGGCAACUUCUCUUCCAGGCGCGACACCAAUCCACGAUUCAGAUGCUCCAGGAGGCGGGAAGAGAGUCACGUUCUACGAGCCCGUGGACAACUGUCCAUGGCACCUAGUGUACGGCCAGACCCCCGUGGAGAUCACAGAGACCUUCCCAGAGCUUGCCUACAAUUUCCCCACAAACAAGAACCGCCCCGUGAACCAGUACCAGAGAUUCAAGAAGGGGCCUGCACCAGUUCACAAGCUGGGACACUUUGGGCUGUGCGUUACGAACUACAAGAAAGCAUACGAGUUCUACACCACGAACUUCAAUCUCAAGCCCACGGAACUGAUCUACGCACCAGAUACGAAAGAGGACAUCACGACGUUCUUACAUCUGGACCGUGGUUCCGAGUGGGUUGACCACCACACAUUCUUCUUCUUCGAGGGCCCCGAAUUCCACGUGCAUCACUCCAGUUUCGAGAUCUUUGAUUUCGAUAUCCAGAUGCUGGGGCACAACUGGUUGGUUGAGAAGAAUUACGAAAAUUGCUGGGGAGUGGGUAGACAUGUGAUGGGGAGUCAGAUCUUUGACUAUUGGUUUGAUCCGAGUCGUUUUGUUAUGGAGCAUUAUGUUGAUGGGGAUUUGGUCAAUGAUAUGACGCCGAUCAAUAGGACCCAGGCUGGGCCGGGUAAUUUGCAUGUUUGGGGCCCGGAGGUCCCAGCUACUUUCUUGACGUGA